GCGUCUGCUCUGCGGUCAUACUAAAAAUUGCCGAAAUGGAAACGGUCAAUCCCACGUUCUCGUACCUCACCAAUCUGGAAGUAAUGCAGAUUCUACAGAAGAUCAAGAGCACCAAAAAGAAGUUCGGCAUGCGCAACUUGGCCACGGUUACUUAUGAGGCACUGCAGUAUCUGGAGGAGUCUCCCUGCAAGACGCAAACUCGUGAGAACAUUAUGAAUUACGUUAAGGACCUGUCUUCUUAUCGUCUGAAGUCCCAAGAGAUCCUGCAAAUGAUCAAUGAUCCGCCUACAAGUGCCCUGCACACGCAGCUGCUCAUCGACGAUAAUAAAGCUCCACUAACCGAUGAGGAGAACGAGAAAAUCAUUCAGCUGAGCUACAAACACUUCCAUGGUGGAGAAACCAAAGGCACUACUAAGGAAACACCGGCGGAAAAACCUGCGGAGUCCACUGCGAAGACCGGCAAGCAAUCUGGAAAGCGUAAUGCCCAGGCCAAAUCCAAUCCAGCGGAAAUAGCUCCAGCGGACAAGACCACGCCAGGUGAUGGAGUUACUAAUGUCGCUACUCCUUCAAGUGAAGCCACUACAGCAGUUAUAACUACUCCAGUGGAAGAAGCAACCCCAGUGGAAACAUCUCCUUCAGAGAAUAAAGCAACUCCAGCCACUACAGUGCCUGCAACGGAUGAAGUCAUUUCAAUGGAAACCAAUUCCAAUCCUUCACCAGAUGGAGAAAAACUCGGGUAGCAGCCGCCGCAUUAACCCAUCCGCUUAUUACGUUUAACGUUUCAUAUAUUUAUGUUGAUGUAGCGUAUAAAAUAAGCUAAAAAAAAAGUAAA